CUGCUGAUCGAACUCCCUAAUUCCUUCACUUUUAUCGAUCUUUUUGUCCAACAGAUCGAUCAAAACAUGGUUUCAAUGGCUUCUUUGCUCUUGGUAGCUUUCUUUUACCUGGUUCCUUGCAUGCAUUCAUCCAAUGCUCGUCUUCUUUCUGCCAUUUCUAAACCUUUUCCUGCAAACCCACAUCAUGGUUCCAUCUCUCUCCAGGUUGCAGAAAAGAAUGGGGGAGAUGAGAUGGUGGAAAGAACAGGAAGUGAUGCUCAACCACCUGCAACUACUACAUUUUUGAAGGCUGAGUUUGAAGAAUUCUUGACACAUGAUGAUAGUAAGAAGAUUAAUGGUGGUGGGGUGGUGGUUGUUAAAGAAGGAAGUGAUAUUGUUGAAUCAUCUAUCUCUCAUCAUGUGGCUUUGCUAGAGGGAACACAUAUAAAGGGUUCAGAAAGACCGAUAACGUCUGAAUACCAUGAGAAAGAAGAGGUUAAAAAUGACGAUGUUACAGUAACAGAUUAUCAGCCACCUCAUCGGAAAACGCCAAUUCAUAACAAAUGAGUUUUCGGGACAUGAAUAUGCGUUUGCAUGAAAGCAUACACAGAUAAUGUUAGAUGCAUUCAUGAUAUGUCAUGUUUGCCAAUAUACCUCUGAAAAUCAUGUAUGAUAUACGUAGUUCUUUAAAAAGAUGUAUUUCGGAGUUGAACUUUUUAAUAUAUAAAUUUAUACAGAUGGGAACCAGUCGAAAGCUAAUACAGCGAUUUUGCCUGUGUUUAA